AUGCGAAUCCGUUGGCCUUUUGCAGGGGCAUUCGCGGUUCUCGUCCUUCUCUCCGCCUAUAUCGGCCUCCUGCCUCACAGCACCGCCUCUGAUGAUGGCUCCGGUCCCGCGAUUCCCGCUCAUCUCCAACCGAACGACAAAUUCCUGCACCUCGUGACCUUCUUUUUCCUCUCUCUGAUCUUCUACUGGAUCUCAGAUACCACCAGAAGACGCAAUCUGCAUCUCACCCUGCUCGUCUGCACAUUAGUCCUGGGAGUCGGGUCGGAGAUCGUCCAAGGCCUGCUCCCGAAUGACCGGGCAUUCGAUCCGUUCGAUGUCAUCGCAAACGUCGUCGGCAGCCUGGGUGCUAUCGGCCUAUGUAGCUGGUAUCAUAAGCGGAUGAUCGAGCGUCGACGAAAGGCACGAUAUGGUGCCUUUGCCGAUGGCGCCGGUGACGAUGUCGAGCUAGGCGUCAACCCCGGCUCCGGCGGUGAGGAAAGCCACCUAGGCCCUCAAGAAACCGGUGUCACGACAUUGGAGCAGGAGGUAGAUAACUGGGACGAGAACGCAGUGGAUGACUGGGAUGCGGAGGAUGGACCUAGGGAGACAGAAGGCCUAGCCGGCAAGAAUGCUCCGAGCGAAGGACAGCCCGGUCCCACGACGAGUACAGCCGGUGGAGAAGGCAAGAGAAGCGACUGA